CCCUCCCCCGGCCAAGCUCUUAAUUAGAUGGCAGCAGGCAAACUCCGCCUCUGCCAUCGCCUUCCUUUUCCUCCGCCCGCCCUCGCCAACUCCGCUCUCAAAACUUUGCGCAAAAUGGAACGGCUGGAAGAGCGCGCGCGCAACGGGGAGACUCGGGCAGGGGAUAGGCGUAGAAAGAGAGCGCAGCGAAGGAUCGGCUUGGAGAUCGGGGCAGAGAAGGAAGGGGGGUGGCUGAGGAUGCAACGGGGGUGGCCCCCCACUUUUUGGGUGUUCCUCUUUCUCUUUGGGGCCACGUGGAGAGGCUGGAGCGCGGCAAGCCAAGUCUGGGUAUGUGCCGCCGAUAUAGAGGCAGGGGGCUUCUUUCUGCGGAGGGAAGAGGAGGCGGCUGCUACUGCUACAUCCGAUGGGGCUUUGCAUGCUGGGGGGGGGAGGAAGAGGAGAAGAAGCCGCCCAGCCUCGCUAGGGCCUCGGUGCCAGAGAGCGCUUGUUGUUGGACCUGGAGUGAGAGGAAGGAGAAUGACGGCCGCCCGGGACUCGCAGCUGCCGGGCGCUUUGCGAGGCCCAGGGGUGCUGACGACACGCGUUUGCUUGCUGCGUUUACUCGGGAAGAAGGGCGGCCGGAACGCUCCCCCGCCCCAUCUUUGAGGAUGAGAUUUCAAGCCUACACCAGAGGCAAAUGCAGCGGCAACACGCCCAGCCCUUACACCAACUACCCUUCGGUGAACACAAUAAAACCUGGAAUGCAAA